AUGAAUACUAAUAUACAAGCUGACUAUUUAAUUCCAUACUCUGGUGGUUAUAAUUCAUUAAAUAAUAUAGCAUUUUCUAAUGAUGGAAAUUAUGGUUAUUUUUAUGAUAAUAUAUCUUCAAAUAUCAUAAGACUUAACCUUAAUAAUGGAGAAAAAGAAGUAAUGAAAAUUUUUGAUAAAGAUUAUUACCAUAAAAAAUGGAUUAAAAUAUCAUUGUUUGUCAUAUCACUUGAAACAAUUCCCCAUAUAGUAAUUUUAUUUUAUAAUAAUGUAAAAAAAUUUUAUCAAUUUGUGAUGUUUUCAAUAUCAAAUAAUAAUUCAAUUUUAAUUAAAUUACGUGAAAUAAAAAUAAAAUUUAGUGAAGAGUUAAAAAAUUUUAAUUAUCAUGAUAUUCAAUACUCUUCUGGACAUGGAAAUGAAGAUACAUUAAUUGAAAUUAUUUUUUAUCAAAAAAAUGAACUUGAAUUUUGGUUUUAUCAAUUAGAUUGUAAAUCAUUUACAUUAAAAAAAAGAAAAGGUGAGUUACUUAGUGGAGGUAAGAAAAGAAAAAGUAGUACUUCAGAGGAAGACUUGAAAAUAUGGGAAUUUCCAUUUGUAAAAGAGGAACAGGUUAUAUUUAUAUCAAAAAAUAAAGAUAAUUUUAUGGCUAAAUAUACAAAAUCAAUAACAUCUGAUAAAUCAUUUAUGACAGUUGGUGUUGAUGAAUUAUUACCAGAUAAGAAAACUUGUACAUUUCCUGAACAUUUAAAUGCAAUAUGGUGUGUAUCAUGGUAUGAUAAUUAUCAUAUUUUUGUAACAAUUGUAAAAAAUCAUAUAAAUCAAGAACAUUCUUUACAUAUAUGGAAAAUUGAAGAUUCUAAUAGAAAUAAUCCUAUUUGUUGGAAAAAGUAUAAUAUAAUACUAAAAAUUGAUAAAAAUGCAACAAAUUUUGGAAUUAGAAUAAUUAAAAAUAAAACAUUAUUUAUACAUUAUGAUGUUGAAAAGUACAGAGAUAAAUUGCAUAAAAUUAAUCUUAAGGCAAUUGAAAUGAAUUGUGAAGAAAUUGAAAAGAGUGAUAGUGAAAUUGAAAGAGAAGUUAACAUUGAUGAUGAAAUAAUAAAAAGAAAAACAAAAAAUGAUUCAUUAUAUGUUGAAAAAGAGUUAUGUUGUCCAAUAUGUUUAGAUUUAUAUAAUGAUCCAAGAAAUUUAAAUUGUGGUCAUAGUUUAUGUUUUAAUUGUUGUGAUGUUUUAAAAACAAAUAUUAAUUCAUCAAAUGAUAUUAAAAAAAUUAUUACAUGCCCUAUUUGUAGAGAAAAGACUGAUGUACCAAUACAAGGAUUAUCAAAAAAUUAUUGUUUAGAGGAAGCAAUAGCUUUUAUUUUAAAAACAAAAAAUGAUACUACUGAUGAAAUUAUGUGUCAUUCAUGUGAAAUGUCACACAAAAUGACUAGAUCAUUUGUUUGUUUAUCAUGUAUUAAUGAAGAAACACAAGACAAUAUAAUUAAUUCAGAAGAAUAUAAAAAUAUUUGUCCUAAUUGUGUCAUAAUAAAACAUAGAAAUCAUUCUUAUAUAUGUUUAAAAGAAUAUAUUAAACGACAAACAUUUAUAUGUGAUAAAAAAGAAGAAGUUAAUAAAAAUAUUGAAGAAAUUUUUGAAUCAUUUAAAGAAUCAAUUUAUUUAACCAUUACAAAUUCAUUAUUAUCUAUUGAAAGAGAAAGACUUAACAAAAACAUUAAUGAAAUAUUAAACCAAACGUCCAUUGAAAGAGAAGAACAAAACAAUAAUAAUAAUGAAGAUACUUACUUUUUAAAGAGUAAAGAAAAAAUUAACGAAAUUGUUGAAAAUUUUAAAAGUGAUAUAAAAUAUUUAGAAAACGAAAUCAUCGAUAGCUUAGAAAAUACUUGUGAUGAAAUAAUUGAUAAAAGAGAAAGGACAAUAACUAUUGAAAUGUACAGCAAAUUAUCUAAAGUUGAUUCAGUGUAG